CAUUUUCUCAAGAAUAUCCAAACGUAGAAAAAAAAGAAGCUUGUGUUGGUUGAUUUGGCGCGAACCCUUUUGUGUUGGUUGUUGAUUCUGGUAAAAAAAAAGUUUGGGAACAGAACAAUGACGACGACAAUGGAAGCGGUGAUGGAGAUAAGUAUGGUGGACGAUAUCAUAAGAAGAUUACUAGAAGGCAAGGGAGGCAAACAGGUCCAGCUCUCAGAGAUCGAGAUCCGUCAACUCUGCGUUAACGCCAGACAAAUCUUCCUCAAUCAGCCCAAUCUCCUCGACCUCCACGCCCCCAUUCGCAUCUGCGGUGAUAUUCAUGGACAAUACCAAGACCUUCUUCGGCUAUUCGAAUACGGAGGCUACCCUCCUUCAGCACACUACCUCUUCCUGGGAGACUACGUCGACCGAGGCAAGCAAAGCCUCGAAACAAUCUGCCUCCUCUUGGCUUACAAAAUCCGCUACCCGUCCAAGAUCUUUCUCCUGAGAGGCAACCACGAAGACGCCAAGAUCAACAGGAUCUACGGCUUCUACGACGAAUGCAAAAGGAGAUUCAACGUCAGGCUAUGGAAGAUAUUCACGGACUGCUUCAACUGUUUGCCCGUUGCUGCUCUCAUUGACGACAAGAUCCUGUGCAUGCACGGCGGGUUGUCUCCGGAUUUGGAGAAUUGGGAGCAGAUUAGGGAGAUUCAGAGGCCUACUGAGAUUCCAGACAACGGUCUUCUAUGUGAUUUACUUUGGUCUGAUCCUGAUCAGAAGAGUGAAGGAUGGUCUGAUAGCGAUAGAGGUAUCUCUUGCACGUUUGGAGCUGAUGUUGUCGCUGAGUUUUUGGAUAAGAAUGAUCUUGACCUUAUUUGCCGUGGUCAUCAAGUAGUGGAAGAUGGAUAUGAGUUUUUUGCAAAAAGGAGACUAGUGACUAUAUUCUCAGCCCCAAACUAUGGUGGAGAGUUUGACAAUGCAGGUGCAUUACUGAGCGUGGACCAAUCUCUUGUCUGCUCUUUUGAGAUUCUGAAACCUGCCCCAUCUUCAAGCGGUAUUCCUCUAAAGAAGGUACCUAAAAUGGGCAAGUCUUGAAAAUGCAAUAAAGCAUGCUCACUUAAGCUAGGCUCUGUGCAUUUCUUGAGAUGUAGGAAGAGAACCUCAAAGGCUACUUUACUUUUAGUAA